AUGCUUUUUCAAAUGUAUGUGAUUACAGAUAUGAGCACCGAUGAGGAUUAUUAUGCAUACCUCAGUGAAGUGUACAAAGAAGACUACGACAGUGAUUUUUUCCCAAGGUUUAGCAAAGUUUUCCUAAUCUGCAUGUACUCAUUUGCCUGCAUCUUUGGAGUGUCUGGUAACGCACUGGUUCUCAUCAUAUUUGUUUUCUAUGAGAAAGUGAAGACAGUAACAGACAUAUUUUUAGUGAGCUUGGCGACAGCAGACUUAUGCUUUCUUGGUACACUGCCAUUCUGGGCAUACUCUGCUGCUCACGAGUGGAUCUUUGGUACUUUGGCAUGUCAAGUCAUCCGAGGCUUCUACACCUUGAAUCUGUAUGGAUCCAUGUUGACCCUCACCUGUGUGACUAUCGAGAGAUAUUUUUCAGUUGUCCAAGCCACCAAGGUCCACAUCAGCCAGUCCAAAAGGACAAUCUGGGGCAAAGUAAUCUGUAUUUUUCUUUGGAUUGUUUCCUUGGCAUUUGCUUUGCCCCAAUUCACGUACAGCACUCAGGCCAAGCACGACAAAGUAGUGUGCCGUGCAAAUUACUCUUCGCUUCAAAUGGAACAAUCAAUUGAAGUCACUCAAAUGUCUCUUGGAUUCUUCUGCCCUAUGCUUGUCAUGCUUUUUUGCUACUUUACCAUUAUAAACACUUUGCUCAAAGCCAAGGGUUUCAACAAACACAAGUCAGUAAAGAUAGUAUUUGCUAUCGUCAUGACAUUUAUUUGUACGCAGGCACCCUACAACUUGCUGAAACUGAUUCGUGUCAUGGACCGGCAUGUCCUCCUCAGCAAGUAUUACGAAUAUGCAUUGAUCAUAACAGAAGCCAUUGCCUAUUUCCACAGCUGUCUCAACCCUGUCCUCUAUUUCUUCAUUGGAGUGAAGUUUAGGAAGAAUCUGAAGAAAAUAGUUAAAAAUAUUAGGUGUGCCGGUCGUCAACAAAUGGCUAAGCAAUGGCAGACGACCGAAGACGGUGGCUCAAAGACCUGCACUGCUUCAAACAACGUAGAAGAAACGAGCCUGCAUCUACUGUAA